UCUCGCCCGGCUAGCGCGUCUCCAAGGCCUCCCGGUCGGUCCUAUCCAGUCGGUACCAUCUGUGUGUCCGUCGCGUUCCCUCUCGGGUGCCAUGCCAUUCCUCGGCCAGGACUGGCGGUCCCCCGGGCAGAGCUGGGUGAAGACUGCGGACGGCUGGAAGCGCUUCCUGGAUGAAAAGAGCGGCAGCUUCGUGAACGACCUCAGCAGUUACUGCGGCAAGGAGGUAUAUAGUAAGGAGAAACUCGUCAACAGCCUGAACUAUGAUGUUGCAGCCAAGAAGAGAAAGAAGGACUUACUGAACAGCAAAACCAAAACUCAUUAUUUCCACCAAGAAAAAUGGAUCUAUGUUCACAAAGGAAGUACUAAAGAGCGCCAUGGGUAUUGCACUCUGGGAGAAGCCUUCAACAGAUUGGAUUUCUCAACUGCUAUCCUGGACUCCAGGAGAUUCAACUACGUGGUGCGACUGUUAGAACUGAUAGCCAAAUCACAGCUCACAUCCCUGAGUGGCAUCGCCCAAAAGAACUUUAUGAACAUUUUGGAAAAAGUGGUACUGAAAGUCCUUGAAGACCAGCAAAACAUUAGGCUCAUCAGAGAACUUCUCCAGACUCUCUACACGUCCUUAUGUACACUGGUCCAAAGAGUUGGCAAGUCAGUGCUGGUCGGGAAUAUCAACAUGUGGGUUUAUCGGAUGGAGACGAUUCUCCACUGGCAGCAGCAGCUGAACAACAUCCAGAUCACACGGCCCGCCUUCAAAGGCCUCACCUUCACCGACCUGCCCUUAUGUUUACAACUGAACAUCAUGCAGAGGCUGAGCGAUGGCCGUGACCUGGUCAGCCUGGGCCAGGCAGCCCCUGACCUGCACACACUCAGCGAGGACCGGCUGCUGUGGAAGAGACUAUGCCAAUACCACUUCACCGAGCGACAGAUCCGCAAGCGAUUAAUUCUGUCGGACAAAGGGCAGCUGGAUUGGAAGAAGAUGUAUUUUAAGCUUGUCCGAUGUUACCCAAGGAAAGAGCAGUAUGGAGACACUCUUCAACUCUGCAGACACUGUCAUAUUCUUUCCUGGAAGGGCACUGACCAUCCGUGCACGGCCAAUAACCCCGAGAACUGCUCCGUGUCACUUUCACCCCAGGACUUUAUCAACUUGUUCAAGUUCUGACUCCCAGCACAUGAGAGCACUUCAGAACGCCCCCAAUGAUUGGAUAGAUGGGAAUACAGAGCUUGGACGCUACUUUUGUAAAUAGUGUACAUUUUUGCAAAACA